AUGGAAACUGACGAGGAGGUCGAUCGGGGCAACCUGCUAGACGAGAUGCCACCCAUUAACUGCGACACCACGCUAGAUGACACCGUCACUGCAGGACACAACGACAUUGGCGACAUGACAUUCUGUUUGGGCAACUAUGUUCCAGACUUUAUGAAGAUGCUGUUCACGAUGAGGUCCCAUCACAUGCUGACAGAUGUAGUACUGGAAGUUGGAAACGAGCUGUUCCACGUUCACAAAGUUGUCCUCGCUGCGGGUAGCCCCUACUUCAAGGCAAUGUUCACAAGCGGUCUGAAGGAGUGCGAAAUGUCCAGAGUACGUCUGCAGGGAGUGUGCCCCUCCGCUAUGGCGUGGCUGGUAUACUUCAUGUACACGGGCAAGGUCCGUAUCACUGAGGUCACAGUUUGCCAGCUGUUGCCCGCUGCCACUAUGUUCCAGAUCUCGAACGUGAUAGAGGCGUGUUGCGCGUUCCUCGAGCGACAACUGGAUCCGUCCAACGCCAUCGGCAUCGCCAACUUCUCAGAGCAGCAUGGCUGCGUCAAACUAAAGCAGAAAGCGAAUCAGUUCAUCGAGAGGCAUUUUACAGAGGUUUGUCGAGAAGAGGAGUUCUUACAACUAACGGCCCCAGAACUUAUAGCUCUCAUACGAAAAGAUGAACUCAACGUGAGGGAAGAAAGGGAGGUUUACAAUGCAGUAUUGAGUUGGGUGAAGUAUGACGAGGACCGUCGUUAUCCUCGCAUGGAGCAUAUUCUGCAAGCGGUGCGGUGUCAGUAUUUAACCCCGAGCUUUCUCAAGGAGCAAAUGAACUCCUGCACAGUGCUGAAAAAAGUUCCCGCGUGCAGGGAAUACCUUGCCAAAAUCUUUAAGGAUCUGACAUUACAUAAGAAACCGGUAGUAAAGGAGAGGAGGCCGAACACUCCGCGAAUUAUUUACGUAGCCGGGGGUUACUUUAGGCAUUCUAUCGACGUGUUUGAAGCUUUCAAUCUGGACGACAACUGCUGGACCACGUUACCGAGGCUCACUGUGCCACGGUCGGGUCUUGGUGCUGCUUUUCUUAAGGGACUUUUCUAUGCGGUGGGCGGGCGCAACACGUCCCCGGGCUCGUCGUACGACAGCGACUGGGUGGACGUGUACAACCCCGCCACCGAGCACUGGCGGCCCUGCAGCCCCAUGGCCACGCCCAGGCACAGGGUAGGUGUUGCAGUGAUGGACGGCUUAUUGUAUGCAGUUGGCGGAUCUGCAGGCUCGGAGUAUCACAAAUCAGUUGAGUGCUACGACCCGGAGACGGACUCGUGGUCGCAGGUGGCGGCGAUGGGCAGCGCGCGGCUGGGCGUGGGCGUGGCCGUGGUCAACCGGCUGCUGUACGCCGUGGGCGGCUUCGACGGCGCGCGCCGCGUGCGCUCGGCCGAGUGCUACCACCCCGAGAACAACCGAUGGACGCGCGUCUCCGACAUGCACGUGGCGCGCAGCGGAGCCGGUGUGGCGGCUCUAAAUCAGUACAUCUACGUGGUGGGUGGGUAUGACGGAUCACAGCAACUGUCCUCGGUGGAGCGAUAUGACACGGAGCGCGACACAUGGGAGGUGGUCGCGCCCGUACAAGUCGCUCGUUCCGCACUCUCACUCACCGUGCUCGACAACAAACUCUACGCACUGGGUGGUUACGAUGGAACAUCAUUCCUGGACAUAGUAGAAGUGUACGACCCGACCACGAACACAUGGAAGACAGGCACUCCUCUAACGUCCGUACGUUCGGGCCACGCUUCGGCUGUAUGCUAUCAGCAUGUUACUCCGCAGCCCAGCGAGCCAGAACCCACAGUUAUAAAAAAACUGGGCAAGCGGUCUAGCGGAGUCAGCCCCAGUACGUCGAGUUCUACUUCCCGAAACGACGAUAUACCAACGGCGAACAAUAUCAUAGGAACCCUAUCGAGUAAUAACAGAUGUUGCUUAUAG